AUGGUCGCGGCACUAGACACAGCCAACAGCAACGGCACUGCUGCCAGGCCCCAACUACAGGAGGAGGAAGAGGAGAAUAUCUUCCUUUUCAUCCCCAACAUUAUUGGAUACUCGCGCAUCGUCCUCGCGCUCGCCUCGCUCUACUACAUGCCCCUCCACCCCCGCACAUGCUCGCUCCUCUACAGCGUAUCCUGUCUCCUCGAUGCCCUCGAUGGCUACGCAGCCCGGCGUUUCGAACAAAGCACAAAGUUCGGCGCGGUGCUGGACAUGGUCACAGACAGGUGCACAACGUCGUGUCUCCUCGUCUUCUUGGCGCAAGCUUUCCCGCGGUGGAGCAUCGUGUUCCAGGGUCUAAUCUCACUUGAUCUGGCGAGCCACUACAUCCACAUGUUCGCAACGCUGAGCAUGGGCGGCGUUGGGCAGAGCCAUAAGAACGUCGAUCAGAGCCGGAGCUGGAUCUUGAAGAUGUACUACUCAAACAACAAAGUUCUCUUCACCUUCUGCGCCAUGAACGAGAUCUUCUUCAUCGCGCUUUACCUGCUAUCCUUCUCAUCGCCGCUCCUCUCCCCCACCCUCUUCUCCGCCAGCAACGAGCCCUCUACUCUCCUCCCCGGCACACCCGCAGCUCCCAAAGCCUCCAUGUUCUUCGCCAGCCCGUGGUCGGCGGGUGCUAUGGAGAUGGCCCGCGCGAACAAGAUGGACUCGACCGUGCCAUGGGUUCUAGCUAUCGUCUCGUUCCCCGUCAUGUUCGGCAAGCAGCUGAUCAACGUCGUGCAGCUUGUGAAGGCGAGCAGGUGGCUUGCCGAGGGAGAUCGCGAGAUGAGGAGGAAGGCGGGAUUGCCAAGAAACAAUGGAAAGAAGAGUCUAUGA